AUUUGUUGAAGAGGCAGAGUAUGAGGAAAGUGGGAAGCAGAAGUAAGAAGACGUGAGGACUUCAAACCCAGGUGCUUCAAAGGUUUUUCACGCCCCUCCCUCUAGAAGCAAUUCCAUCUUUACGAAAAUGGACUCUGGUUCUAAGGGAAGAACGCAACUUUGCUUCCACAGUAGGUAGCUCUUUCUCCUAGAGUCAAGCAGUUUCUGUAGGCUCUAAGCCCCGAGUCCAGGCCACUGCGAGCCCAGGAGUCUUCCAGGAGCUCAGAAAGCAGGUUCCGCCCCCCCUGGAAAGGAAAAGCUUUGAACCUUCAGAACUGGGUCGGGGCAGAUGGCACACACGCCAGUCUCUUACUCCGGAGUAUCCUUAUCUUCCUAUCACUUUUUGGCCUCAAGGACUAUUUCCCCAGAGCUAUAGAGGAGAAGGAAAGAAAGGCGUCCUCUUAAUUAAAGCUGCACCUGAUCUCUCCUUUUGGACUCUCCCCCCCCCUCUUUUGGAAGGGGAGGAGGUAGCGCUGUAAGGAGCAGGGGGGAGAUGCCCUAUUGCCCCUCCCCCACUUCCCAGAGGUGCUCUUUCCUUCCUCCUGCCUCCAGGCCCUGCCCUAUGGGGAGUUUAGGCUUUGUCUCGCCCCCGAUACCCCGUGCUAGGUGCUAGUCCCACACCUGCCCACACGGCGCCAGGGCUUCAUUAGGAGCCCCCAGCCCUAAGGGCAUAGAGACGAGCAGGAGAAAGACUGGGUGAGGGGAACCUCGGAUUAUGGAGCCAAUAGCAGCUACCGCCAAGGAAGCCCGGGACCCAGGUGCUACCACCCAACCCUUGGUGCAGUGUGGAACAGGCAAAGGGGUUUGCCAUUUGACAGCCCUGCUCAGCACAACUGCAGCAGGGGAGAGCAGCCAGAAGGCAGUGAGGAAGAAGGAACCUCCAGACACACCCCCACAAGUCCGGAAAAAGACUCGAACCCUUUACCGAACAGACCAGUUGAAAGAGCUGGAGAGGAUGUUUCAGGAGGACCACUACCCUGACAGUGAUAAACGCAGGGAGAUUGCUUUGGCUGUGGGGGUCACACCCCAGCGCAUCAUGGUGUGGUUUCAGAACCGAAGAGCAAAGUGGCGGAAAGUAGAACGACUGAAUUCGAAAGGAAACAAGACCAACCUGGAAGUUCCUGUCUCUACUAGUGCUUCUUUGGACAAUCUUCAUGACUCUGUCCUUGACUUCCCAUCCCCUCAACCCAUAGUCAUGGAGUCAGGAAAUUUUACUAAUGAACUGGUUCCUCCACCUGUCACUUUUCCUCCAGAACCUAAUCUACUAAUGUGUGACCAACCAGGGGCUCUGAGUCAGCACAAUGAUGAGGCUCAAAGAGUAGAGGUAGCUCCUCUCCUCUUUAGCCCCCCACCUGUCCGAAGGGCCAGCCUACCUUUGAACUUGGGCCCUGUUCACACCCCACACCUGGUACCCCUUCUGCUGGAAACACCCAAUAGUGGCUUUAGCCCUAAGGAUGGCUCCUCUGGAUCUUGGGAAACAAGCAUCACCCCAGGAAGUACUUACAACUAUUCUGAACAAAUGGAAUCCCAAUAUCACCAUCAAGACAACCAAUCCAGAGCUUUCCAGCUCUCCCACUAUUCCCAGCAUCAGCUCCUUCACCAAUCCCAACACCACCUGCCCCAAUUCCACCCUUUCCCCUUUCCUCUCCCCCAAACACUGACUCCUCCUCCUCAAGGAGACCCUAAUUCUGCUGCUCUCCUUGCAUUUGCCUAUGGGUCUGAUGGAGAGACCCCAACAGGAUUGUUCUCAGGCCCUUCAGCCGGUCAGCUUCUGUUACAACAGCCCAGUGGGAAUUUGGGUCCACUCACAGCCCUACAACCUAUCCCUUGGAAUGAUCCCUGCUUGCCCGAGCUGUCCUUCCCUGGUUCAUUCUGCUCCCAGAACUUUGGGUCCCACUCUGGAGGAGGGAGCUACAUACCUGACCUGGCUGCCCAUGUCUUGGAGAGGCAGCUUUCACCAGGCUUCAUUCAGCUUCUUGGAGGGUCUAAAACAGGCUCUGGGCUGCCGAGUGAGACUCGGGAAGAACUGUCUUCUGGCACUCAGGAGCAUUUGUCAUUGCCCAAAGAGGUCAGAGAUGGAGUCAAGAAUACUCAACUCCCCAGAAUUGCUGCUAAUGGAGACGGUAUUCCAGAAAAGAAUGAAGACUGAGAGAAAAAAGAAGUUAUCUUGCCUGACUUUUGGAUUUUUUUUUUGAAUUAUUU